UUGUAAACUAUUCUUUUUGUAGAGAUUCAAAUAUAAAAUAUAUCUAAGUGGAAUGUAUCUCAUACUUUAGGUUUUUCUGAUAUUUGUUUUAGUAUAAACUCAUCUACCAGUAGAAUAAACUACCUCAGGUUAACGGAAGGAUAUUUCCCAUCUUUUGUGUUUUUUUUGUUUUUUUUUACAAAUAUCGCAAUAACAUAUAUCUUAUAUGAAGAGGUUUAGUGUUUAUUUAUUAUUAAGGCUAUCUUUAUCAGAUCUUGUAUACAAGUACAUUGCGAGUUCAUGUAUAUAGUUUCCAUAUUUAGUGUUAAUUAUAAUGAUAAUUAGUUACAGAAAUGAUUAUUCAUAGAUAACCGAGCUCCAUCUACAUAUUAUUGAUUUUUGCAUUACAGUAAGAUCUUUUUAAUAGAUAUUUUUACAAUAGAAAUAAAGGUCCACAUUAUGAUUACAAAAUGUACUGACAAUGACAACUCUCAAUAUUUCUUUAUAUUUGUCGAAAAAUUUAAGUCAAAGAAAAUGAGGAAGCUUGGUUUAAGGUCAACAACAUCAAAGAAAAAUGAAAGGGAAAUUAAAGAUUUCUUGGAUGACGAAAAAAGUGAAAAGUAUAGACAAGUCAACAUUCUUCCGGAUUUAGAAACUGAUAUGCCAAGUAGAGCAUGGAGAAGGAUGAGUGAAACACAAACUUUUAAAACAGUAGCCCCACUGAAUAUUCAUUCCCCAGUACAACCUGAUUGUUUACGAUUUGUUUGUUUGUCUGAUACACACUCUAUGCUCCAUGCAGACAACAUGUCGAAUUUUUAUGUUCCUCCUGGAGAUAUCUUACUACACGCAGGAGAUUUCACAAAUGAAGGGAGACCACUGGAAAUCGAACGAUUCAAUGAAGUACUAGGUAAACUACCUCAUAAAAAGAAGAUUGUAAUCGCAGGAAAUCAUGAGUUGUCUUUUGACGAAAGUCUUUUUACCGAAGCUAACUGUUUCGGCGAGAGUAUUGGAACAGUAAAACAUUAUCUCAAAACCAAAGGAUUUAAAUCUGUUAGAGAAAUAUUGACUAAUGCUAUUUAUUUACAAGAUGCAAUGGUUACUGUUUGUGGAAUAAAUAUAUAUGGAUCUCCAUGGCAACCCCGAUUUGGUUGUUGGGCGUUCAAUGUUAUACGGGGUAAAGAAAUAUUGCAAAAUUGGAACUAUAUACCGGACAAUGUUGAUAUUCUCAUAACACAUGGACCACCAGUUGGUUAUGGACUAACAACAGAUGGAGAAACAUUGUUUAUCAACGCAUCCUCUUGUACCAAAGGAUAUAAACUGUGUAAUCCACCAAUAAUAUUUGAUGUGCCUUUACCGCAUGGCCUGUCAAAAUACAGUUCACUUGAAAGUGUGGAAGUUGUGUCUUAUUCAAAGAAGGAAUCUUCUAGUAAACCAGUAAUAGGCAUCAGUCAAAAGACAAAAAUAACAAACUAUUGACCUUAACCCAAUUGAAAUUGACUAAAACUUAAAUUGAUUGACACAAACAGUUUAUAAUACAUUAUUUUUUAAACAUUAAUACCGCUUACUUGUCUGUAAACAAACAUUCAGAGAGAGACGAAAGAUACCAAAGGGACAGUCAAACUCAUAACUCUAAAAUAAACUGACAACGCCAUGGCUAAACAUGAAAAUGACAAACAGACAAACAAUAGUACACAUGACACAACAUAGAAAACUAAAGAAUAAACAACACGUACCCCACCAAAAAAUAGGUGUGAUCUCAGGUGCUCCGGAAGGGUAAGCAGAUCCUGCUCCACAUGUGACACCCGUCGUGUUGCUUAUGUGAUAACAAUUCCGGAAAAUAGUCUUAUUCGGUAGGUCACAUUCAUAAAAAGGAAGGGGAUAGUAGUUACGACGUAAGGAACAUAUCCGAUAUCAUUUGUUAAACGGUUAUUCCAUAACGGUCAACCAACUCGUGAUGGCGUCCGUAAAAUUU